CUUUAUGAUUCCAGUGAAGAAUGUGAUUAAUACAAUGGGCAAAAACACCCAAAUUCGGAUAUCCGAGUCCAACAGCAACUCCGCCAUACUGCAAAACCGGAAAUAUAUUUGGAAACGUCUUAUUUGUGCAUGUGUGCAGAAAGUAUCCCAUCAAAAGUAUUGCAGUAUGAACAGUUUCUGAAUGAAAGAUUGAAGACAGAUCUUAGUCAAGUGGUUGACCAGAGAGAUAAGCUCUAUGGAGAGGUAGCAGAGUAUUUACAGCUGAAAACUGUCAUCGAAAGAAUUAAGGAAUCAGAUUUCCAAACUAAUGGUCUGAAAACCAAAGUGGACUUGGGGUGCAACUUCUAUGUACAAGCACAUGUUCCAGAUGCCUCCAUGAUUUUUGUGAGUGUGGGUUAUGGAUUUUUCUUGGAAAUGACCCACACCGAGGCUCUGGCAUUCAUAGAGAAAAAAGUUUCAAUAAAUAAUGCCAAGAUAGAUGCCCUUACUACAGAAGUUGCUAAAAUAAAGGCCCAUAUCAAGCUUGUCCUGCAGGGUUUACAAGAGAUCCAGAAUUUAGAUUAUGAAACAGAGAAGCCAUACAGAGAUGUGUUAAGCUGAGAAUUCUGUUAAAAAUCUCCAUCCAGUAUCUAGGAUGUAUACAUGAUGAAAGCUUGCCUCGGAGCCUGGAGUACAGAAGACGCAUUAUUCAAUGACUGAAAUAUUCCAAAAUCUAAGCAUAGGCUGCAGUGUAUUAAAAUACUGAUUACAAAGCUUUAUACUCAAAAAAGUGGGAGUGACUGAUCAAAUAUGUCUGAUUUCAUUUAUAUUUUGUCAUCUUGUUUAAAAUGCCAAAAUGAAUAAACUAAGAGUAAA